AUGAAAGCAGGGUCGGAUCGUAGCCUGAUCCGAAGCCCUGGGUCUCUUCUCACCGUGACCAGAUUCGCGUUAACGCCGCUCUCGGUCGACGUGAGAGUUAUCAAUACUGAAACUUUGGAGCUUGAGGAGUUCCACGAUUUACCCCGGAAGCCCUACGUGAUCCUAUCUCACACCAUCGACAAGAAGAGCAGUGCGGAGCUCUCUGAGGCUAUCAACUCCAUGUUCCGUUACUAUGAAGCAUCCGCCAUAUGCUAUGCCUAUUUGACUGAUGUCUCGACUGCCAGCCGGAUCGUUGACCUAUGGGACGAGGAAGAAGGGUUCGACCGAGAUGGCUUGUUCGGUUCGAGCAGGUGGUUCACGCGAGGCUGGACUCUUCAAGAGCUCUUGGCCUCGGGGACGGUCGAGUUUUACGCUGCGGACUGGACCGAAAUCGGCACCAAAUCCUGCCUAGUGACGCACGUCGCCCGUAUCACGAGGAUCAACCCCGAUGUGCUGGCCGGCGAAAAGCCCAUCUCGGAAUGCAACGCUGCGGAACGCCUGUCCUGGGCGGCGAGGCGCGAGACGACACGCGUCGAAGACAUCGCUUACUCUCUUCUCGGAAUCAUGGGCGUCACCAUGCCUCUCCUCUACGGCGAGGGCAAACAGGCAUUUGUCCGCCUCCAGGAAGCGGUGAUGAAGGAGCGGGAGGAUUACACCCUGAUGCUCGGGGGCCUUGCAACCUACAUCAUCCCCAGGAUUGGGGCGAGGAAAUCCGGCUCUCUCUUUUCCAUAAGCGACAUCAGCAUGCCGGGCGGCUGGGAGUAUUCCCCGCCGCUCGCCGAGAGUCCCAGUGGUUUCCUUGUCCAGGAUCCGGAUGUCUGGUCCUACGGGUUGAUCCAUAGCGGUUCGACCCAACCACCGUUUGAAGCGGAAUCUGACCAUGAGUCUCCGUCUCUGAGCCCACGAGGCCUGCGUGUGUCCUUGCCUCAGUGUUUUGUCGGCGACUCCCAGCCACGAUGGUUCGAGUCACAGUGGUUCGAUACCAGAUGCAUGACGAGAGAAUACCACAUAUUGAUACUGCUGGAACCUUCGCGACUUGGCAAGCUGUACUAUCGGCGGUACGAAAGAGCCUACGAUCUGGCUCGCCCCAGCGAGGUUUCCUACAAGGGCAACCCCAGCUUCUUCAUAGUCCGCCCGGCGUCCAUCUUUGGAUACCGGCCAUUCUCUGCCGGACACGGCCGUCUCGAUGUCCCCAAACCAGAGUGGACCCUGGACGCUUCCGCCAUGUCUCCGGACCUGGAGGUGGAGUGGCUGCACGGGAAUUUUGCCCACUCGCUCGGGGUGGGGUACAAAGGACUGAUCGAAGUCGUGGCCCUUGGCUGGUGUGCGAGAGCUGCCGGGGAAAAGGAGGGAUUCCUGCUCGUCUUUGGCAACGACUGGGGUCACGUGGUGCACGAGACGGAAAUGUCGGACAGUGGCGUCGCAAUUGACGAGAUACGCGCGGGAUCCGGCCUGGCUCUGCAACGCGCGGUUCCUAUCACGCGAAAGUUCAAGCACUCGGACAGAGUGGUGCGGCAUCUUCGGACCACUGCCAUCGUUGCUUCUUUCAGGAGGAGAGGGUCGUCUGAAGGGCACCGGACGCUGAAGCUGACAACCAGUCAAAGGGCGAGGAGUUCGUCGUGAAGUACCUAGAGUAGCCUGCUCUCGCGUAAACUCGUGUAGAUCCACGC